AUGGCCCUGACGAGGUGGCCGCUCCUGCUGCUGACGCUCGGCCUGGGCCUGGCCGGCGCACAGGAGACCCUGGAGGAAGUGCCCUUGCAGCAGGACUUUGAUGCUCAGAAGACAGAAGGACACUGGCUAGCCCUCCAGCUUGCUGCCACCCACCCAGGCCUGGUGUCCCCAGACGACCCCCUGAGGCUCUCCCUGCACUCCAUCCGGGCCACAGAUCAAGGGGGUCUGGAUUUCCUGCUCUUCUGGAUGGGCCAGGGUGUGUGCCAAGGCCUGAACGUCACCGUCCACCCGACUGGGCUGCGGGGCCAGUACCAAGGCACCUUUGAGGCCGUCGGCCGAGUGCUGGUCCGAGUCGUGGGCACCGACUAUGAGAGCUUGCUUCUGCAUGUGCGGGUGGAACAGGACGCCGAGACCAACGCCCUGUGGGCACUGCUGGCGCGGGCAGCGCCAGGGGACCCCGAGUGGCUGGGGCGGUUCCAGGCCUAUGUGCAGCAGUUCCAUCUGCAGAAAGUCCCUGUCUUCAACGGGAACGGCCAAUGCCCACCACCUGACGCCUGGGUCAAACCCUGA